UUAUAAUAAAGCGCUACUACAUGCGUAUAUAAUUUAUCUUGGAAUAUGGCCAUUAUCGUAUUUAGCAUUACGACUUGCCAAAGUUGAUAAUUUGUGGUUCUAACGAUUCUAGAUUUGUGCCUAACAGCUAGUAAAUUGAUUAGAAAUUUAUUCUGGUGUGAUCAGUGUAAUUGCAUAUUCAUUUUUUUCGGUGCAUUUAGUGUGAUGGUCGUAUGUAAUACAACCGUCCACCACCGUUAUUAUUAUCCCUAGUGAAUAUUUGCCAUUUAUAAUCCAGCGAGUUGAACAAUUAUCGUUAAAUCGAUUUUUUAAAAGCUAAGAGUAGUCAUAUUAUAAUUAUUAAUCGUAUUAUCGUCAACAAUUCUUUUCAAGCGCCAAAGUUCUUCGCAUCGGCGCUUUUUUCAUCCCAAGUGGUAUCAAUGUUGUCUGGCAAUGGUGUGUAAAGAGAACGUCGUAUCAUGGUUUGGAAAUCUGUCCAGUUAUAAACGUAUCGAUGUUAUGAACGUAUUGCUAAAUAUGUGCUUACCAUGUGAAGUUCGAUAUCUUGGAACAUGCAUUGAGGAUAGAGGCAAACGGGAUUACAAUGAUUUGCGUGAUGCUGAACAUCAUGCAAAUACUGUAAGCGAUCUUACAGAUUUGAUGAAUCUCGGUGUUAUAGACAAAAAGACAAGAAGAAGAUUGGUACUCUAUAUGGCACUUUUACAUGGCAGUAAUUAUAAAUGUGCUACAGUGCUCCACAAAGGUUUAGCAAAUCUGGAUAUUCAAGAAAUAAUUUCAUUAAUUGGGACCAGUCAAGAUGAGCAAUUAUUAGAAGAACUUUUACUCUUAUAUACAAUGGCACUCAAUCAUCCUGCCUUUAAUUAUGAACAGAAAAGUGCGUUCAGUAAUAUUUAUCUUAAACUACAGGAGGAAGAAGAAUCGCGAAAUAAUUUAAAACCUGUAGUAAAUAUGUCAUAUAAACCAGUGCCAGGAUGUGGACCAUGUGGUAGCCCAAGUGAUCGUUUGACUGAUCCAAUUGAUAUGUCAACCAAUUGUACAAUACCACCUCCUAUGCAACAUUUUGGUGAUAUACAGAUGCGAAAUAAUCCAAUCGUUAGUGGAAUUCCAUCAAGUAUGACAAUGCCACCACCUCCUCCAGGGAUGUGCUUACCACCUCCAGAUCAAAUUACAAUGAAUCCUCCUAAUACUCCAACGCAGUAUCUUCAUCUUGGCUUUCCAGCUGUUAAUUCUAUAGCACCAUGGUCAGGACAAACUAUGAUGAUUGGAAAUCAAAUGGUAUAUCACACAGGUGAUAUGGUAACUUAUCCGGCAUCUCCUCUAGUAAGUCGACCAUCAUCACCAUCUCAGUCUCGAUCACCAAGUCGAAGUAAUUCGCCCUUGGGUCGUAGAAAUAAUCGAUGGCCGUUUGAAGAUCGUUCAAGUAUUGGUCCAACAACGCCUAUGACUCCAAAUACAAUAUCUGUGAGCAGUAAUGUAUCUAGUAAUCAAACUAGUGUCACCAAUACAAAUGUAAGUGGUCACAUACUUCCUGGUUCAUCUCUUGGAACAAAUAGAAAUAUUCCAUCCAGUCAACAAUCCGUACUUCCACCGAAAUCUGUACCACCACCAUCAAGUUCGCCAUUAACUACUACUGGCACCUAUUCACGACACAGUAACGUUGACAAUACAACAACCGCAGCUACUCAAGCAACUUCAUCAAAACAUCAACCACUUUCACGAAUACGAUCAUCAAUAUCAGGCGAUUCAUUGAGAGAAACAUUAGGCAAAGAAAUGCCAAAUUAUAAAGGAAAUUUGCAAAAUCAUUCAUUGGAAGAGAUAAGACGAAUGAGUGAUGAUGAUUUAAGAGAUAUUGGAUUAACGCCAAAUGCUGUGGGUCAAUUAAGAAAUAUUAUUCGCACCCAAACAACUGCUGCAAAUGGUUUGAGUCAAAUGACCAUCGAUAAAAAAGAGAGCACUACUGGGAAUUUAAUUCAUUCUUCAGUUUCCGAACAAUCCGAUAAUGAGACUGGAAGUGAUUUAUCAAAUGAAAAUUCAAUUUCUACAAUAAAACAACCAUUGAUCGGAGAUUUACAUCAAUCAAUUCAUCAUCAUCACCAUCACCAUCAUCAUCAUCAUAGUCAUCCUUCAAAUAUUGGUGGAGUAAGACGUUAUCAAGCAAUACAACCGCCUGUAGAUCCAUCUCAAAUAUCGAUAUAUCACUCACCCCAAACUGCAAUGUAUGCAACACAAAAUCCUUGUUACGCUUGUCUUACAGUUCCAGUGGCUGGAAUGCAAAAUCGUUAUCCAAGUGACAUUUUUUACAGGUGUAAUGCUCAACAUAUGUAUUGUGUGGCUCAACUAUCAACUUUGAGAUUGGAUGCUGAUAGUAAUCGUCAAUGUUCACAAAGUAGUAGUUCUGAUAGUACUGGAAGUCGUUCACCACCUGAGACUCCUCCCGCAGCGCCGUGGCCAAACAAUACCACUCCUACAAUAACCAACGAUAGUUGUAGUACGUCUGGUGGAACAACUGACCAAACUCCAGGUAGCUCUGUUCUUUCUUAUUCUGCGGUAGCCGUAUCACAUCAAAAUAUACCAUCAGUUCAACAACAAAUCAACGAACGUUCUCGUUCGAAAAAAAGUCAAGCACAAAUGAUGCGUAAAAAUCAAGUAAUGAAUGGUGGUGGUGGUAAUGGUAAUGGCAGUGGUAGUAAUAGUGGAAAUAGUGGUGGUACUGUUGCUCCUCCUCCACAAGUAAAUUUAUCAACAACACCCCAUUGUAUAUCAGCUUUCCCGGGGCCAACGAAUCAUCCACAAAUGACAUUUCUCCCGCAUGGUCAUUUUCCAGCAUUAAGACCCAAUAGCGGCAUUUACUCGAGUGGUUUUUCUCAUUCAAUAUUUUCUCGACCUACGUAUCAAAGCUAUCAGCCGAAUGGCGAAAUGAUGUAUCCAUAUCCAGGGCAACCUGGUGCUGCAGGAGGAACACCGCCACCACCUCCACCACCCUUGCCUCCACCUACGGGGACAACAGCUGUAGCUGCUGUAGGUGUUGCACCAUCACAAACUUAUUUGCCAUCCACACCCGUGGUUGUUCCUCAUACUUCUGCCGUCCAGCCAACAAAAAUUUCGUGUUACAAUUGUGGAAGUAGUAACCAUCUCGCUAAUGAAUGUAAGGAUCAAACUAUGGAAGAUAUUACAAAAAGAGCUCAAUAUCGACUCGAUUAUUCAAUAAUGAAACAACCUGGAGAUUGCCCUGAUGAGUGAUUUCUUCGAAUCAUCUUUAUCUUUAUACUCACAAAUGUUAUACAUAUACAACUGUUGUCAUCUUCUUACUCUUAUAUUAAUUAUCAUAUACAUUCAUUACUAUUAUCACAGAAAUAAGAUUUUCAGGCAUAAUUCGACUUAAAACAACAAUAAUAAUCAAAAGAAAUUUUUUUUAAUACUACAUUUACGUUUUACAAAUUCAUUUUUAUUGCAUUACCGAAUGUUAUUAAUGUAUAUGUAUAUUAAAGGAGUGAAAAAUAGUAAUAGUCAUAGCAUAAUUAAAAAAGAGAAUCUUGUAAAAAAAAAUAUCAACAGUAAGACGUACUAAUUAUGGGCACUUGAGAAAAUAUGAUUUCAAUUCAUCUUAUAGAUGUAUAAAAAAAAAACUAUUGAAUGUCAUAUUUAAGACAUAAAUAGUAGCUCAUAUCUAAUUGUAAAAAAUUUAUCUGCAAUUAACGAAAAUGUCUGAAUUUUUUACAGACACUUGAAAAAUGAAAUUAUCGCAUUAUAAUCCGGUGAAUGUAAUUAUUGCCCAUUUACCUAACUAUUAUUGUAUCAUUAUUAUACUCUAUCGAUUUUACCCUCAUUUCUCUUGUUCAAAUACAUAUUGAACUUUUAAUUCAUAUAAUAUAAUAUAAUAAUAUAAUAUAUUCUACACAUAUAUAUAUAUACAUAGGUAUGCAUAUGAAUACAUAUAUAUAUGUGUACGAUAUUUAUGUAUAUAUCAAUUUCAAUGUAUACGAUGGAUAUAAAUGACCAUAAGUGUUCGAUUAUAUUUAUACAUACAGGAUGAACUACGUAACACUAAGUAUUUGUAUUGUUCAAAGCGACAAAUGUCUAAUUUUGCGUAUUUUAUCUUGUAUUGUUGUAAUUACACUUGUGCUAUAAGUUAAACUGAACGUGUAUGUAAAUGUCAAAAUGUGAGAUCAGUUAUAAGAAUCAUGAAUAAUUAUUAUUUUUAAACUA